AUGGUUUUGUCGACGGCGAGGACGAUCAGGGAGUUGUGUUCUAGCACCACGCCAACUUCGCAGUUCACCUCUUUACACUUCAUCGCCUCGGCGGCGAUCGGAGCGAAGAGCAUCGAAAGGCGGGCUAGGCGCGGACGCUCGCUUGGGCGGGCUGGGACGCUCGAGUCCCGGCACGUUUUGGCGCCGACUGCCGCUCAGCCGGCGGACUUCAUACCGGCGGUGACGCCGGUGACUGUUUGA